CUAACGGGCAUAUCACGGCUUCCGUCCCCCCUAAUUAAGUAAUAAAAACACCCGGGCCUCCCUUAGCUUUGCUUUUUUGUUUUUGUUUUCCCGACUCUUCUUAGCGCCUUUUCCUUAUUCCACAGCCACGAAGCGUUACUUCUCGUCAACUUAUCACUUAUUAAUACUCAGCCACUCCUCCGCCAUGGCAUCAGCCGACCAGCUCAUCGCCAGCCUCCAGGGGAUCGACGCCAAGUCGUUUUCCAGCGAGGCCGAGCGAAUCCGCGCCCGAGAUGCCGUGUUCGAGGCGCUCCGGAGGAUCCAGUCGCCGUGGGACAUCGCCUGGGACCACUGUUGGGUCAGCGGUGCCAUCAACGCCGCCGUCAAGACCCUCAUCGACGCCGGCGUCUUUAGGAAAUGGGCCGAGGCGGGAGGUAAACCCAUCACCAGCACUAAGCUGGCCGAGCUCACGGGGGCCGAUGUUUUGCUGAUUCAACGAAUGAUGCGUGCCAUCUCCGGACAGCACCUCGUAAUCGAGGUCGGCCUGGACACGUACGCGCGCACUCCCUGGGCGGCGGCUCUGGCCGAGGAUCCCUCGUUUGCGAGCAUCUACGGGGGCUUCUACCACGAGCUCAACAACCCGAUGUUCCGGACGCUGCCGGCCUUCCUCAAGGAGACCGGGUUCCGGAACCCGACGGACGUCAGCCGGUGCAACCUGCAGUACUGGCUCGGCAGGGACAUCACCCUGUUCCAGUACAUCGGCACCAACGCCAAGCUGACGUCCGACUUCAACGACGCCAUGGAGUGCCACUCCAAGUACAACCUGACCCCCUGGGUCGACAUCUACCCGACCGAGACGGUCGUCGAGGCGGCCAAGGAGGGCCGCCCCCUCGUCGUCGACGUCGGCGGCGGCAAGGGCCACGACCUGAAAAAGUUCCUCGCCCGGCACCGCGACCGCGUGCCCCCCGGCAGCCUGGUGCUCGAGGACCUGCCCGAGAUCCUCAAGGACGUCGUGGUCGACGACGACCUGUCGUCAUCGCCGGGGCCGAUCGCGGUCCGGCCGCACGACUUCUUCACGCCGCAGCCCGAGGGCGCCCGGGGCGCGCGCGUCUACUUCAUGCACAACGUGCUGCACGACUGGCCCGACGAGGCGGCCCGGCGGAUCCUGCGCACGCUGGCCCCGGCCAUGGAGAAGGGCUACUCGCGCCUGCUGAUCCACGAGAGCCUCGUCAGCGCCGAGCGGCCCCUCGCCCGCGUCACCGUCUCCGACAUCACCAUGAUGGCCUGCCUGGCCGCCGCCGAGCGCUCCGAGGAUCAGUGGCGCGACCUCAUCGCCAGCGCCGGCCUGCGUAUCGUCAAGAUCUGGCGCCCCGUCCAGUCGGUCGAGAGCAUCAUCGAGGUCGAGGUCGCUUGACGAUGAAACAAGAAAAAACGAUGAGGGAAAGAGAGAAGAAGAGGGACAAUCAGGUUGGGUUACUAAUACCUUAGCGACGCAGGUAAUUAAGGGACAAAACAAGAACUUGUGGCCGCUGCAAGUGUCGUAACGAGUGCCGGCAGGUUUUAUGGGCCUUCUGCCCUGGGAUGAGAUCUUUGAACUCUACCUAUCAGAUGUGUUUUUGUAAUCCUAAUUAUGUGAUGAAUUGACUAAACUCG